GGUGGGUGGGAUUCUUUCUUAUUAUUCUCCACUAAAUCAAAUUGGUGAGGAGGAACAGCUGAGAUGAAGGACACAGCAGUCAGCUGAACAGAGCCCCCAGUUUUAUGUGGUGACAGCUGCCUCCCUCUCCUGUCAGCAUGUGACUAGCUCUUUUUUGAGGGAUGUGUAUGCAAACUGGGAUGGGGGAGAUCUAGAAAGAGUGGGCUGGCAGGUGGAAGGAAGGAAGCUCCUACUCACGUGUAAGUCUUAAGCCAGCCCAGAAGCAGGAAGGAUUCAGUGUUUCUUCAAUCUGAACAGCAGCAGUGCAGGAACCAGUAAGAACAGCUGGGAUGAAGGCCGCUUUGAAGUUGUCCAUGAGCGCCCCGCCGGUCAUCCGGCCGCCCAGCCCCUCGCCGCCGGGCUCAGGCGGCAGCAUCGGAGGAGGAGGCGGCGGCGGAGGAGGAGGCAUCUCUUUCCACCUCCAGAUCGGCCUCAGCCGGGAGCCCGUGCUCUUGUUCCAGGACUCCUCGGGGGAGUUCAGCCUGGCCCACGUCCGGGAAAUGGCGUGCUCCAUCGUCGACCAGAAGUUUCCUGAGUGUGGCUUCUAUGGAAUGUAUGAUAAAAUCCUCCUUUUUCGACAUGACCCGACCACUGAAAAUAUUCUUCAGCUCAUCAAAGAAGCUAGUGAUAUCCAAGAAGGUGACCUUGUUGAAGUUGUCUUAUCAGCAUCUGCAACAUUUGAAGACUUUCAGAUUCGACCACAUGCUCUCUUUGUGCAUUCGUACAGAGCACCAGCAUUCUGUGACCACUGUGGAGAAAUGCUUUGGGGUCUUGUACGUCAAGGUCUUAAAUGCGAGGGGUGUGGGUUAAACUAUCACAAGAGAUGUGCAUUUAAAAUCCCAAACAACUGCAGCUGUGUUCGGAAAAGACGGCUUUCGAAUGUUUCCUUAACAGGACUCAGUAACAUCAGAACUGUUUCUGCAGAACUCUCUCCUACUACAGACGAAGCUCUCCUGAUUCCUACAAGCCCUAGCUUUGAGCAAAAAUCACCACCUGAGGCAUUUGGGAGAGAGAAGCGAUCUAAUUCACAGUCUUACAUUGGGCGCCCUAUUCAGCUCGACAAGAUUUUGCUGUCCAAGGUUAAAGUGCCUCAUACAUUUGUGAUCCAUUCAUAUACACGGCCAACAGUUUGCCAGUACUGUAAGAAGCUACUCAAAGGACUUUUUAGACAGGGUGUACAGUGCAAAGAUUGCAGGUUCAACUGUCACAAACGCUGUGCACCUAAAGUGCCAAAUAAUUGCCUCGGGGAAGUGGCCAUUAAUGGAGAUCUGCUUAGCCCUGGUGCAGAGUCUGAUGUGGUUAUGGAAGAGGGAAGUGAUGAUAAUGACAGUGAAAGAAACAGUGGGCUAUUAGAUGAAAUGGAAGAGUCUAUGGCCCACGAUGCAGAGAUGUCUAUCAUGAGCCAGAAUGACAAUGGAGAAAUGCAAGAUGGUGAUCUGGAUCAUGAUGAGAGUAACAGAAUGAUUAGCCCUUCAACAAGUAACAACAUCCCAUUAAUGAGAGUGGUACAAUCUGUCAAACACACAAAAAGGAGAAGCAGUGCAGUAAUGAAAGAGGGAUGGGUGGUUCACUACACAAGCAAAGACACUCUGAGGAAACGGCAUUAUUGGAGAUUGGACAGCAAAUGUAUUACACUUUUUCAGAAUGAUACUGGAAGCAAAUACUACAAGGAAAUUCCAUUGUCUGAAAUUUUAUCCCUGGAACCUGCAAAAACCUUCGAUUUAUUACCACAGGAAGCAAAUCACCACUGCUUUGAAAUAACCACAGCAAAUGUAGUCUACUAUGUUGGGGAAAAUGUGGAAAACCCGCCAAGUGUUUCAUCUAACAACGGUAUUUUGGCAAGUGGUUGUGGCCUGGAUGUAGCAAGAUCGUGGGAAAUGGCCAUCCAGCAUGCUCUCAUGCCUGUUAUCCCCAAAGGUGCAUCCACUGGUUCAGGACCAAACUUGCACAGAAAUAUAUCCAUCAGUAUUUCAGUAUCAAAUUGUCAGGUCCAAGAAAAUGUGGAUAUCAGUACAGUGUACCAAAUCUUUCCGGAUGAGGUGCUGGGAUCAGGACAGUUUGGAAUUGUUUAUGGAGGAAAACAUCGCAAAACGGGAAGAGAUGUAGCAAUUAAAAUCAUUGACAAACUGAGAUUUCCAACUAAGCAAGAAAGCCAACUUCGUAAUGAGGUUGCAAUUUUACAGAAUCUGCAUCAUCUGGGGGUUGUAAAUCUGGAAUGCAUGUUUGAGACACCAGAAAGAGUGUUUGUUGUUAUGGAGAAGCUCCAUGGAGAUAUGUUGGAAAUGAUCUUGUCAAGUGAAAAAGGAAGGUUGCCAGAGCGAAUAACCAAGUUUUUAAUUACACAGAUCCUUGUUGCCUUGAGACAUCUUCAUUUUAAAAACAUUGUUCAUUGUGAUCUCAAACCAGAAAAUGUAUUGCUGGCAUCUGCUGAUCCUUUUCCACAAGUGAAGCUUUGCGACUUUGGAUUUGCCCGGAUCAUUGGAGAGAAAUCAUUCAGACGCUCAGUUGUGGGUACACCAGCCUACCUUGCUCCUGAAGUCCUGAGAAACAAAGGGUACAACAGGUCAUUAGAUAUGUGGUCCGUGGGGGUCAUUAUCUAUGUCAGCCUUAGUGGUACAUUUCCAUUCAAUGAAGAUGAGGACAUUCAUGAUCAAAUCCAGAAUGCUGCUUUUAUGUACCCACCCAACCCCUGGAAGGAAAUCUCCCAUGAAGCUAUUGAUCUCAUAAAUAAUUUGUUGCAAGUGAAAAUGAGAAAGCGCUACAGUGUGGACAAGACAUUAAGCCACCCAUGGCUACAGGAUUACCAGACCUGGCUAGAUUUACGAGAACUUGAAAGUAAAAUAGGGGAACGUUACAUCACCCACGAAAGCGAUGACUCGCGGUGGGAGCAGUACGCAGGAGAAAAUGGCUUGCAAUAUCCAGGACAUCUUAUCAGUUCAAGUGCUAACCGCAGUGAAAAUCCUGAGCCAGAGGAAGCAGAGUUGAAAGCCCUCAGUGAGCGUGAAAUCUGAUUCCUUUUAAAAUUGGGGUCCCUCUCAUCUCUCCUUUUUCCAUUCAAAGAAGAUUAUUUCAGCAUCCCAAGCCAUUGGAUUAACUCAUCAUGACUAUACAUUGAUGUGAAACGAAACAGAUCAAUUCAAGAAUAAUUCCUGCAUCUUGGAGGGUUUGCUUCAUAAAAUAACCAAAAAGUGGGAACUCCACUUUGGAUAUGGUGGUGAAAUGUACUGCUGGAAAGUAUCAUUCUUCUACUUCUCCUUGCCUGGUUCUCUCCAUAGAACUAAAACAUAGCUUGAAAAACAGAUCAAAACUGGGAGAAGGACUUUGAGUUUAUUGCAGCAAAGUGUAGUGCUCACAGGAGCAGGGUAUAGGGAAAGAACGAUACCUCUCCUAAAACAAUUGCACUGGCUACCAGUUUGUUUCUGGUUGCAAUUCAAGAUACUAGCUUUAGCCUAUAAAGCCCUAAAUGGCUUCGGCCCAGCUUACUUACUGGAUGGCAUCUCCUAUGAACCCACAUGAGCUCUGAGGUUGUCAGGAGAGGCCCCACUCUUGGUUCCACCAUCGUCUCAAGUGUGGCAGGGGGGAAUGAGAGGGCUCCUUUUUGGUGGUGGCACCGUGGCUCUGGAACUCCCUCCCGAAAGAGGUUAGGAUGACCCCUUCACUGCUGUCAUUUUGGAAGCAAGUAAAGCAUCCUUUAGAAGCAGGCCUUCCCCGAAGACCAGUAGACUGAAAGUCAUUGUGAUGUGCAAUAUGCGAACUAUAUAGCAGACCUUCAGCAAUUGGUUUGUUUCCUGACAUAAAGGAAUAGGACAUUACAUGACUUUUAACUAGUAUGUUUUUAAUUUAUGUUGCAGUGCUAGUUUUAUGCUAGUUGUCCUGGAUAACGGGAGUUCAUAAUGUUUUAAUGUCUUAAAUUGUUAAUUUCUCAUUCGUUGGGGUUCAUGUUCAUAUUUUUUGUUUGUAAUUGUCUUGAUUUUACAUGCUGUAUGCCGCUUUGAGUCCCAUUGUGGGAGAAAAAUCGGAUAGAAAUAAAUUAUUAUUAUUAUUAUUAAUAAUAAUAAUAAUAAUAAUAAUAAUAAUAAUAAUAAUAAUAAUAGUUCUGCAGCAAAGAGGGUGCAUAAUAUUUUGCCUGCAUGAAUGGAACUAUAGUGUUAAAAUUCAAGGGAUAUGAUAAUCCCACUGUAUUCUAUAGUUCUGAGAAUCUUGUUUUAGAAAAUAUAUGGACAAGUUGGAACAGACAAAAGGAAAAAAAACCAGUGAGGAAAGGUUGAGAUAGUUGGGCAUACUCAGCCUAGAAAAUAAAAGACUGAGGGGUGACAUGAUUGCACCCUUUAAGUAUCUAAAGGGAUGCCACAGAGAGGUUGGUGCUGGUUUGUUCACUGCUGCUCCAGAGGGUAAAACCAAGUCUGAUGGUAUUAACUUCUAAGAGGAUAAAUUUUGUUUAAACAUUGGAAAUGACCCGUGAGGCUCUUUUCAGCUCUAUGAUUCUAAAACCAGUACUAUCCAGAACACUUGAAAUCUCAUUUAAUUUUGGAAUUUGAGCAGGGUCUGAGCUAGUACUUGAAAUGGGAGAAAAUCCAACAAUACCAGGAGAGCUAGAAAAGAGUCCUGGAGAGCUGCUGAUAUUUAGAGUUGCCAGGAGUGCGUUAGUUGGACCAAUUACUCUUAAGAUAGCUUCCUGUCUUUCUGUCAUACACUGGAUACUAGUUUGAGAUUAACAAAAUCAGGUCAUGUGAACUGAGGUACAAUAUCCCAGCAAAUGUUUCCAAAAUAAGCUGUUUGUAUUUCUGAAUUAUGUAGAACACAAUGCAGAGAAGAGAGGCAUUUGAGAACUAAAUUAUUUCUUUGCUGCAACACAAAUUGUCUCAUUAUCUUCGAUUGUAUUUGUUUUUACUUAAAACUCUUUAACCAUUGAAUGCCAACUGAAUUGUUUCUUCCUCCCAUCCCUGUAAUAGUCUGUGGGGGUGGGGGGUUUCUUGUUUUGGAAAACUUGUCAAGAUUAGAGACUCAUGUAAGGAAACAACCUAAAUUUGGCUUUUGUAUGGCUUAAUUUGCACAAUUAUAAUAAUUGUUGAAUUUGCUCUGACAAUAAUGGAAUACAUACAAUCUGCAAAGUAUGCUAACUUUUAUUGUGUUCUAAAAUGUUGAAAACCUGUUUAUUGUUGGAAGUUACUCCUAGAGAUUAAAACCAAUACAGAAGAGGCUGCAAAUUAGUACAAUCUCUCAAAAGGCUGUAAUUUGAAAGAUAUAUUUGCCUUUCAACCAGGGAACUAGAUCAUAUUUCAUGCCCACGACAUGUUUUGAAUUACGCCCAAGAAAGUACAUCAGAAUGAGUUGGCAAAGGGAAUGUGCUGGCUACUGUGCCAUCAUGUAAUAUGUAAUAUUUGUAUGCAUAUAGCCUGGAAACAUAGAAAUGAGAUAAACUUGUUUGUAAAGUGAGAGCCAUGUAGCCCAAGACUGACUUGAUUAUGUUCUGUCUAGACCAGAAUCUUGCCUAAAUACCCUACAGGUACCAGAUCAUGUCUGAACUUGGAAGCUAAACUGAAUCAGUCCUUGUUAGUACUUGGAUGGCAGAGUGCUAUGUUUUCUUUCAGAAUUUGUCUGCCAGCACAACUGUGGUUCCAGCAGAAGUUGACCAUAGAGUUGCAAUUUUUAUUCACAGUUUUUCCACUCUUCCCCUAACCCCAGCAAAUGUGGAGGGCCUAUUGUAUGAAGACAGAGCUGGGAACAGGAAUUCAGCUUGCACUACAUGAGGUUGCAUUCUUGCUAAAUACACGGCUUUGUCAUUUGGGGAUACUCCUGGAUUUAACGCUGAGGCUGAAGGCAUAAUUUUCAUAGGUGACCAGGAGUGCAUUUGCAUAGUUUAACACCUGUGUUCAUUCUGGAUCCAAACUGUAGAAAACAGUACCCAGAAAGAGACUAGUAGUCUGUGAAGUUUCAACCAGAGAGCUAUAUGUUCACCAGUCAGCAGUUUCAACCAGCUGGACCAGCUGAAGUUUCUGAACAGUUUUCAAAAGUAGACACACACAGACUGUGAUGCAGUUGUCAAGGCUAUUGUUAUGUGGAGAGUGACAAUCUGAAGCAGAGAGCAUUCACUAACCAUGGGGACUUUCCAUGUGAGUUGGGCCCCUGGUUUCUUGGGUUCCAGCACAAGUACAUAGACGGAAGGGAGGACUAAUUCGAUAUGUUUAAGAAAUAUAUGAAAGGGGAUAAAGCAAUAUUUUUACAUGGAUAUGUGGUUCAAAUGAACAAAUUCCCAAGAAAUAAUUGUAUCAGUCAGUGUGCAUAUUCUGUGCAUAAAAACUAUGAAAUUGCCAUGUUUUAAUGGAAAAUUAGUAUUUACUGUUAAACCAGUAUGAGAAAACAGGAUGUUGACAACUUUUGGGCAACACAGUAUUGAUGGAUUCAGUACGUGAAUACAAAUGCAAAAAUAAAAGGACCACCAGCAAGUUAGUCAUCUGUAGCAAGAUAGCAUUUUGAAAUAAAUUUACCUGCAACAAGAACAAGGUCUAGCUAAGAAGGUUUGGGAAAAAAGGAUUGAUACAUUUAUUUCUUAUUAGCUUUUAUAAUGCAGUUUAUGGUCUUGUUAUUGAGUGCUGGAUUAGUGUGAAAUGAAAUAAAAAUAGGUUGGAAUCCUG